AUGAAUAAAUUUACACAAACCUUUAAAUAGCACCAUUUAGAAACUUUGUAUCAAAAAGAAAAAGAACAACAUUGUUAUGAUACCUUUAAGAAAAUAGCCUUAUUAUCUUUUGUUAUAACACUAAUAAGAUUAAUAAGUUUUGCUCAAUAAGAAAACGUUGUGGGCAUAUUAAUUACAUCAGCAAUCUUAUCAUUGAUAAUAUUGAUGUCCAUUUUAAUUUUUAAAUUCUGUUCAUCUGGUACCAUAUUUUGUAUGGUUUUUAUCAAUAAUUUACUAGUUUUACAUUAAGUUUAUGAUUAAUAAGGAACUAAUUAAUUUAUUCUUGGUAGUAAUUUAGCCAUUACACAUACAACAAUACUCCUUAUUAUUGAUUUUAAAUUAGCUGCCAUCAACUCUUUCUUUUAAACUACAUUCAAAUUAUUAAUUGCAGGUCUUUUUGAUGGCUAAACCGAUAGUUGUUCUAUAAUAUUAUCUAUUUUAUGUUAAAUUUGUUUUAUAUCUGUACUCUACACUAUAGAAAAACAAAGAAGACUAUUAUUUUUAAGAAACAAUUAAGGAAACGAUUGGCGUAUAAUCCAUAUUUUAUUUAGAUUAAUUAUUGCCUUCAGUAAUUAAUGAUCCAUUUGUUCUAUUCUCAUUUGAUCACAAUAGAAUGUGCUUUAAAUACAAAAAUUCAAAUAAAAUUGAUAGAUUUCCUUAUUGUAAAUAAGAAUUCUAAUAAGAAGAUAAUUUUAGAUAAUUUUUUAGACUCCAACAAAUUUCUAAUGUAACUAUUGAAUAAUUUAUACUGAACCGAAUUGAAAAACAAACCAAUUUUUUUGAUUUAAAUCAGUACACACUUAGACCAAAUUAAUAUGAUUCUGUUGAUUUUGAGGAAACUAAUAUUCUUCUAGCAGAAUUUUAUCAUUUAGAUUCUAAUUUUCUAAUUGUAUUAGAAUAAUCUAAAUUAAGAGCAUAAUAUUUAUAAUCUACUAAAGAUAAACUAAUUAAUUUAAUUGGUUAACAUUAAUAAUUAGUCUAUAAUUUCUUAAAAAAACAAGCUACAUUAAUUAAUCUUAGUUUACAAAAUGAAACUUCUAGAAUUCAAUUACUAUAUUAAUUAAAACUUCAUCAUUUAUAUUUUCAAGGAAAAUAUAAGAUAUCGAAUUCAUUCUCUUAGGCCUAUACAUAUUUUUAAACAGCUUGUAUUGAUUUUAAAUAAUUGUUUACAGCCAUAAUAUCAUUAUUUUAAAAAGCAUAUAUUGAUAUUAAUCUUUAAUUUGAUACAACUGAUAAUCGAUUUGAUGCAAUUCAUUAUAAAGAUAUGCCUUAAGAUUUUAUCAUUCAAUUAUUAUAAAUCACUCUCAGAAAAACAACAACAGAUCAAAGAUCAAAAAUAAGAAUUAUUUUACAUUCUAAAUUAGAAAUUUUAUUCAUUCAAAUUAUUUGUCUUAAUUCAUUUAUUCUAUUAGAAAAUUUAAAUAAAAAUCUGGUUAUAAAAAUGUAUUUAAAAUUGCACUCUCCUGAAAGCUAAAUUAAAAUAAGUGAUAAUGGAAUAAACAUUUAAUUAUAUAAAGAUGUGUCUUAAUUAAAAUCAUUAAAUAAAUUUCAAGAUAUAUAUGAUUGA